AUGGGUAAUUCUUCAUCCAAACCUUCGAAAUCAAAGCAAAAGGGCAAUGGUGUUUCUUCUUCUGCUUCUUCUAUAAAUUUAGAAACAAGCAGUAAAAUUAAAUCAAAGAAUAAAAAAAUUAGAAAGAAAUCACAAUCAUCAAAUGAUGAUAUUAAUAGUUCUACAAAUAAUUCGAUACCAAUUAAGAGAAUAGAUACUGAACAAUCUACAAAAUCUGUUAGAAGUAAGAAGUCAGAAAAUGGGAGAGAUACACCAAUUGGAGCAAUUCCAACAAUCAACGUUUCUGAUGUUUCUAAUGAUAAAGAAUUAGAUUCUAAACAAGCAGGUUCUCGUUCAAAUUCUCAAAAUUUAAAUCAUAGAAGAAACCAUUCAUUAGGUCAUAUCCCACAAAUGUAUUCUUCAAAUACUGCUAAUAAUUCUGGAAAUAAUUUAAAUUCAAACAAUAGUAGUAGUACUAACAUGGAGAGACCAUUAUCUAGAAGGUCUAGUUAUAACACAAACAUGGAUCUACCUCCUUCAAUGGUUCAAAUGCAACCAAAAUCUCCAAUUUUAAAAAAUUAUAAACAUUCUCAUUCAGCAACUUCUUUUACCAAUAACGAACAUGCAUUAACCGACGAUGACGAUGAUGACAAUAACAAACACAGCAAGUACAAUAAUAAUAAUGAAACUAAUUUACAUUCUGCACAUCAGCGAACCAGUAGUAGGUCAAGAUUGGAAGUAAUGAUGAACCCUGCUUCAGAUGGUGAAAGAAGUCCUUCUGUCAUUUCGAAACAUCACAAGAGAUCGGAUAGUAAUUUAGACGUUUCGGAUUCAUCAUUAUAUGCUCAUUCGAUGUCAAGAACAGGUUCACACGCCUCAUCUUUAGCUUCAGGAAAUACAACUACAUAUACAACACCUUUGAAUUCUCCUGGUAUUACUAAGAAUGGUAAAGAAAAUGAUGAUUACUUCAACCCAGCUACUUCUAAUUUGUCUGAGACACAUAUAGCAGAUUCUUCAAAUGAUAUUUCAACUCGUCAUGGUUUUAGUCAUGAUUUCCACGAGCUUUUAAAUUCAGCAAAGGGUGCCUACUUAGAUGCAUUUCCAACAGUAGUACCAGAUGAUGAUGAUGAUUUGAUCGGUAAUAAGAUGAAUGAUAAAGAAGAUGAUAGUGUUUCUCAACUCGGUGGUAAGAAGAAGAAGCCGUUAAGGCCAAUAAAUAUAGAUGAAACUAUUCAAAAAUUGUUGGAUGCUGGUUAUGCAGCAAAAAGGACAAAAUAUGUCUGUUUAAAAAAUUCAGAAAUUGCACAAAUUUGCCAACAAGCAAGAGAAAUUUUUUUAUCGCAACCUCCUUUAUUAGAAUUAUCACCACCAGUUAAAAUUGUUGGUGAUGUUCAUGGACAAUAUGGUGAUUUAUUAAGAUUAUUCACCAAAUGUGGGUUCCCACCUGCAGCAAAUUACUUAUUCCUUGGGGACUACGUUGAUCGUGGUAAACAAUCAUUAGAAACAAUUUUAUUAUUAUUAUGUUACAAAAUUAAAUAUCCUGAGAACUUUUUCUUAUUAAGAGGUAAUCAUGAAUGUGCUAACGUUACAAGAGUGUACGGAUUUUAUGAUGAAUGUAAGCGUCGUUGCAAUAUCAAAACAUGGAAAGUAUUUAUAGAUACAUUUAACACUUUACCAUUGGCAGCUAUUGUAACAGGAAAAAUAUUUUGCGUUCAUGGAGGUUUAUCUCCAGUUUUAAACUCAAUGGAUGAAAUAAGACAUGUAAGUAGGCCAACUGAUGUUCCAGAUUUUGGGUUGAUUAAUGAUUUAUUAUGGUCUGAUCCUACAGAUUCGCCCAAUGAGUGGGAAGAUAAUGAAAGAGGUGUUAGUUACUGUUAUAAUAAAGUUGCAAUCAAUAAAUUUUUAAAUAAAUUUGGCUUUGACUUAGUUUGUAGAGCACACAUGGUUGUCGAAGACGGUUAUGAAUUUUUUAACGACAGAAGCUUAGUCACUGUAUUUUCAGCUCCUAACUACUGUGGUGAGUUUGAUAAUUGGGGAGCUGUAAUGAGUGUAAGCGAAGGUCUAUUGUGCUCCUUUGAAUUACUUGAUCCGCUAGAUAGUACAGCAUUGAAACAAGUAAUGAAAAGAGGUAGGCAAGAAAGAAAACUAGCCAACCAACAACAACAAUUACAAUAA